AAAAGCAUUCGCUCCUAGUGUCCCACCCGUUCCAGACGCUAACGGUCGAGUCUUUUCGCGAGCCAAAUGCAACUUUUAGCGCCAUGGCUGCUGCUGCUUUUCUAUUUCGCUAUCGGUCCAUCCUCGGUCGUGAGUGACCACCCUCUGCAAGAGUUGCCUGCAUUUUGUAGUUACUUAAGUUGCACAAUCGAUGGCGAUCGUAAGGCUUCCAUUCGGUACGACCAACAACUGUGGAGUGGUGCGAUGUCUGGACAGUUCGAUUUUCGCACCUGGAAUUGGACGGAAUUGCACGGGAUACCGGUAGCCGAUGGUUCCCACCUGGAGGUGAACUUCAGCGGGCUCGAUGUGUUGGAAAUCGAUAGCCUAUACGGCCACGAACGCAUCACGAGCCUGAUAUUGGAAGAGAAUCAAAUUUCCAAGAUAGAGCGAGAAGCGUUUGAGAACUUUAAACGUUUAAAUAAGCUUUCACUGCGCCAAAACGCCAUCGCAGAGCUAAAAGUUCUGUUACAUCGAUCCAAUGAGCUGCAGCAUCUAGAUCUAUCGCACAACCAAAUCACACGACUGGACACUUUUAAAGAUCACCCACUGCUGUCGUGGCCACGCUUGGCGUACCUUAAUCUGUCCUUUAACCGCAUCGAAACCAUCACGCAUCAGUUGUCCAAGCUGGAGCAGUUGGUAUGGCUCGAUCUUUCCAACAAUCAAAUACACCGUAGUGGGGCGAAUCCGGUGAUCCUGCCGAACAACCUGCGCGAACUGAUCAUGAAUAGCAAUCAGCUAACAGAUUGGCCCUUUGAUUCUAUACCACCGUCCGUGAGUCACCUUUCUAUGUGCUGCAACGAACUGAAGACCCUCAAACCGGCCAUGGGUGUGCAGUGGCUCGAUCUAUCGCAUAAUAGCUUGACGCACAUCGAACCGGACACAUUUCCAGCGGUCGAAAAACUGAAUAUCUCCAGCAAUUACUUUGAUAGUUUACCGAUUCUGAGCAACACGACGGACGGAUCUUGGCCAUUGAAGCGUCUCACCUGCAAUCGAAUGCCCAAUCUACGAACUAUCGAUAAGAAGUUCAUUGCGAAAGCUGCAAAUUUGGUGGAGCUUGAAAUAACGAUAUGUCCUAAACUGACCAGCUUGGAGCCGAAACUAUUUAUGGACCUUAAAGCACUGGAACGGCUGGACCUCAGCUACAACGGAUUCCAGCAGAUACCGGAGCAACUAGUCCACUGGAAUCGCAUAAAGCACGGGGUUGACCUACAGGGGAAUCCGUUAAACUGUAAAUGCUCACUACAAUGGAUGCUGGACAGGCUAAUCCCCGAGAUGAAACGUAACCGGGAGUUGCACAACCUGUUCCCACAUUUGCGCUGUGCCCGGCCUGCGAUCUUUCAGGGUCAACUGCUCGUCCACCUUACAGCUUACGACAAUGCCCUCUGCAAGUCAACUCGGGAGCUGAUAGGUAUGGAGCAUGUCAUAACGGUAGCCGAUUCUUCUGAGUACUGGUUAGCGGUGCAGAAGACAAUACUAGCUGUCCUAAUCGUUUGCAUCGUGAUCGUCGCCUGCUAUUUGGCCUAUCUGAAACGGAAACCUCGCUAUACGGUGAUACCGAAGAAUAUAUGGAAUUACAAAUCGGGCACGUAGUGAUUACCGCCACGCAUUUCCUAUUAUGGUGACCGUAAAUAGUGUAUGCUGCUUGCAGUGUAAAAUGUUCCUUCAUACUAAACCAUGUCAAUUUCCCUCGUAAAGUACCGAGUAUCUCGGCCUGUAAAAGUAGUCUAUAAUUAUUCUAGGUAGUGGUCGGAAAAUUAUAAUUCUCGAAAAGCUAACUCACAAAAAAUUGCAAAAUAAAAGGGAAUUAUAUUAUAUCUACGACCUCGACCAGCGA